UUCUAAUUAAUAUUCGUCUCAUUAACCCUACAAGUCAACAAGGUAGAAUUCUACAAUGUCAAGUGGCUCAAAAAUGAAUCGAUAGGAAAGGAGGAAAAGGAAAAUAAUACAGGUCUCCCUCCAAAAUUUGGGCUACCGCUGAAAACGGUACAAAUCAAAUCAACGGAUCUAAUUUGCAAUUUGGCAUCAAAUGAAAUGGCCGUAAUUUUCAGAACCAAAAAUAUGGAAAGGGAAAUUUGUCUUCCAAUUUAACUUUUUCCUGCCCCGAAGAAGAAAACAGAAAGGAAGAAUCCAUUUUUCUCUCCGCCUGUCUCCCUGGCAGUCUCCUGCUCUUCUUAUAAAUUAGCCAAACCUCCCUUCUGCCGGUCCCUACUUUUCUCUUCCACACUCUCUUCUUUCUCUGAAUCCGCCGCUGUUUCAUCGGUUUCAGUGAUCACCCUCAUCGCCGACUUUGUCCCCGCCACCUGCACUCUCUGUACGUGAUUCACUCCCUUCCCCACUCUCUCUCUCUCUCUCUCUCUCUCUCUCUCUCUCUCUCUCUCUCUCUCUCUCUGUAUCUCUCUGUUUUCACAGUAGCACACAGCAAUGCCAUUGAUUGAGUCCUGUACUGAAAUUGAGAUAGGAAAUCACAUAGAAUCUGGGAUUUGGUUUUCUGGGUUCAGAAAAAUCUCUCGCCUUUACAAAGCUUUCCAAAUACAGAAUUCUCUUUGACUUGCUUUAGAUUUUUGGUUCAGUGUCCAUACUUUCACAGAGCCCUCUAUCAAACAUUCCUUUUUUCUCCUGAUGAACACGGAUUCCCCUGUUUUGGGUUUCUGCCAAAAUCAGUUAUUGGUUUUUGUAACCCCUGAAGAAAAAUCUCAACUUCUACUUAAACUGAAGCUCCUUUCUCCAGAAAUAGUUUGGAUCACUUCACCGGUUACAAGAAUCAAUAAUUUUAUUUUAACCGAUUAUUCGUGGCAAAAGCCCUGUUUUGAGAGCCAAAAAGCUGAGAGCAAAAAAGGGCAAGGUGGCAACUUUCCUCGACAAGACCAGUUGGGAAUUUUUAGAUGGGAUCUCGACUGGAAGAACUACAAAACCCAAAAAGAAAUGAAAAGGGAAAGACAGAAUCAAACUUUUCCGCUUCGCCCCCAUCUCAUACACUCUGUUUUCCUCUCUGUAAAGUUGUUCCACUCGAUGUAAAAGGAUGAACCUGGCUUCUUCCUGCAUAUUAAUUCCUUUUGUUGCUUCUUCUUCUUCUCUUCCCCAUAGCAGGCUGUCGGCAGUUUAGGUGCCUACUGCCACUGUUCCUUCUUCCUAUUCUCUGUUUUUUAAUUGGAGCCCAUUUCCUUCUUCCAUCGGUUGCUCUGCCACUAAUUUAAUACCGACCCAACGCAACUGGUUCAAUUUUCUUUUAAUUUCUUCGAUCCAGUGAUGGGAAUCGUUUGGCAAACCAAUUUCUCCCUCUCAACACUGCAACUUGCCAUUUGAUUAUUCCCAUGGUUUUUUGUUUCCAUGCGUAGACUUUCCAGUAUCUUGGCCGACUAAGAAAUAUCUUCUCAUAUCUAAGCCUAAUUAAUCCCUUGCUCGAAAAGCAAAAUGGUAGUUAGAUUUAUAAUAAUUACCAAUGGGUUUUGCUUCUGUGUCCUUUGUCCCCCCAGGUUUCUCCGCCAGAAGAGAGCUUCAUCCGCUUCCCCUUCUCUGAUCCGCAGGUUUAUUCGGUUUAUCCCAUCAGAACACGACGAAAUGACGGCGGAGACUAUGGCCAAACCAAAGUCAGCUUGGGUCGGCGUCAGGAGAUGGUUCAAUUCACAGAGCAAAGCCGACGACGGGUUUCAUCCCGAUUACUCUUUUGUCGGAGAAGGGCAGGCUCCGGCGAGAAAGAGUAGCUCCGGCGACGACUACUAUGGUUUCUCCGAAGGACUGUUAACGGAAGCUGUCGACUGUCUCAAACCGGCGAAAAUGGGGGCCCAGUCGCCGCCGCCGGUGGAAGACUCUGUAAAACUCAAGUUGUUUGUGGGGACAUGGAACGUUGGUGGCAAAUCGCCCCACGAUGGAUUGAACUUGAAAGAUUGGUUGCGAUCCCCUUCUCCUUCUGAUAUUUACGUUCUUGGGUUCCAGGAAAUUGUACCGUUAAACGCCGGCAACGUACUGGGCCCGGAAGACAGUGGGCCGGCGACGAAAUGGCUGUCCCUAAUCAGGCAGGCACUGAACGGGACCAAGUCGGAUGAAGAGCUCUGUCAGUACUAUGCCGCCGCCGUCGAGCACAAGUGCGGAGCUUCGCCUCGCCGCCCGAGGCCCGAUCAGAUGAUGAAACAGAGGCUGAGCUUUUCCGACUUGAUCUCCAUAGAGGACGAGCUCGGAAGAGAGGAUUUCCAACGAUUUGUGGCCUUGAAUUCAAACAUGGGAUCUGAAGCCACGCCUAGCCCGAGAACGAAUCUAAGUGGCGCCGGCGACGAUGGGAGUAAGAAUCCGACGAAGCCACGGUACCGGCUGAUGGUCAGCAAACAGAUGGUCGGGAUCUUUCUUUGUGUGUGGGUUCGUGCUGAUCUGAACGAACACAUAAGCAAUUUGAAGGUCUCGUGUGUCGGUCGUGGCAUUAUGGGAUACCUUGGAAAUAAGGGCUCGAUAUCGAUAAGUAUGACGAUCUAUCAAACAACGUUUUGUUUCGUGUGCACGCAUUUAGCUUCCGGGGAAAAAGAAGGAGACGAAGUCAGAAGGAAUUCCGAUGUCUGUGAGAUAUUGAAGAAAACCAGAUUCAACAAUAACUCCUAUGGAGAUUCACUCUCUCCUGAAACCAUACUAGAUCACGACAACAUCGUUUGGCUUGGAGACUUGAACUACCGGCUUGCAACUACCCAUGUAGAAACAUGUGAAUUGCUAGAGAGGAAUGAUUGGGAAGCACUCUUAGAGAAAGAUCAGCUGAAGUUAGAGCAGAAGGCAGGGAGAAUAUUCUCAGGAUGGGAAGAAGGGAGCAUACACUUUGCUCCGACGUACAAGUACCUAAUAGAUUCCGACUACUAUGUCGCCCAGGCUUGUAAGUCGAAAGACAAGCUGCGGAUUCCGGCAUGGUGCGAUCGGAUAUUGUGGAAAGGUGAAGCAUUGAAACAGCAAUGGUAUGUUAGAGGCGAAUCCAAGUUCUCUGACCACAGACCCGUCUCCUCAUCGUUCGUGGUCAACGUGAGGGCAAAAGAAAGUAAUAUUGAAAAGAAACUUGUCAAAUCGUCAUCGUGUCGUAAACCUUCUUCCACCAGGUUUUGCCCGACAAAGUCGUCGCCGAGCACCAUUCUUCCCGGCGUGGCAAAAAUUCAGGCGGAAGAGCUGCUUGUGAUUCCGGCGACCGCCGGCACUCGGCUGUCGUUUUGUCGCCCAGUUCAUUAGCUCAUUUAGCUGGCCUUUUUUUUUUCUUUGGAGAAAAAAGAAAAAGUUAAUUAUUAUAUGGGUUUAGGCGGUGGGUCCCUGGCUGAAAUUUUAAACGGUAUAGGGGGCGGCGUGAUAGGCCUGGUGUGUUGGCUGUUCGACACGUGUGCAACGGUGAUUGAGGGUACAGUGAAAGUUGCAUGAGGUGCAAGACAGUAGAGUGAGUUUUAUUUUUAGUGUUUUCUUGUGUUGAUUAUUUUAUUCAUGUAGGAGAAGGUUUGUAGAGUUUGUGAUUUACCUUGUACAUGAGAAAAUUUCAAAAUAGUCAAAGAAGAUAAAGGCUAUAAUAUAAAUUAUAGACUUGU